GCACCGGGGAGGAGUCUGAUAGUCAGGAGCAGGACAGACUGAAGGACAAACACUCAGACGAGACACAGAACAUACACCACGAGCCCAACAAUAACAACCAGAAAACAGAAGAAAAAGCAGACGAUCGUCUGAUCUUCUGACCAUCUGUCAGGACAUACGAAGGAAAUGGCUGCGUCUGCGUCGUCUGCGGUGGCUCGCCGCGUCCUCGCCGCUGCAUCGCACGGAGGCCACGAGGGAGGAGUUAAGACGUGGAGGAUCCUGACGUUCGUGCUGGCGUUACCAGGCGUGGCGGUGUGCAUGCUAAACGCUUACCUGAAGCACCAGGCUGGCUCCCACGAGCAGCCCGAGUUCGUCCCAUACCCUCACCUGCGCAUUCGCACCAAGCCGUGGCCGUGGGGUGACGGAAACCACUCGCUGUUCCACAACCCUCACACCAAUGCUCUGCCCACCGGCUAUGAGCACUCGCAUGACCACCACUGAGCAACAGCACCGCCCGGAGGCCACGUGUGGAACGGCGCAACCUAAACCUACUGCAUGAACAGAAAAGUUUAACCUUGACUGAAAUAAAAAUUUAAAAAACAUAACGGCA